ACGGAUCAUCAGGACUACUGUGAGGUAUGUCAGCAAGGUGGUGAGAUCAUUUUGUGCGAUACUUGCCCGAAAGCUUACCAUUUGGUGUGUAUCGACCCGGAUCUCGAAGAACCUCCCGAGGGACGGUGGUCGUGUCCAACGUGUGAGGCAUCCGGAAUACCGCAAAAGGAAGAUGAAGAAGAGAAAGCAGUGAAAACAAACAUGGAAUACUGUCGUAUAUUGAUAUUGAAGGAUGUGGGGUGGUUGUUGUGUUGCGACACGUGUCCAAGUUCGUAUCACGCGUACUGUUUGAAUCCACCGCUAACAGAAGUACCCGAAGGCGAGUGGUCGUGCCCGAGAUGUUUGUGUCCUGAACCGAAGAACAGACCUGAGAAGGUGUUAUCGUGGCGUUGGGUGGAACUCGAGUAUCCACCACCGAUGACUGAAGAAGAACAAAAGGAACUGGAAUCGCCAGAGAAUACGGGAAGAAGAAUCGCGUUGAAGCCACCGAAGAAAAUGGAGCCGAGAAAGGAACGUGAGCUGUUUGUGAAGUGGAAAUAUAUGAGUUAUUGGCAUUGCGAGUGGGUGAACGAAAUGCUGCUCGAUGUUCAUUUCCCUCAGUAUCUUCGAAUGUACUGGCGUAGAAUGGACCCGGAGACGCCACCUGAAGUAGAUGACGGAAGUCAAGAGGAUCCAGAUACUGGGGUGAUCGAGGGCAAGGAUCGCGAAUCAGAUCCACAUAAUCUCGAGGAGAGAUUCUAUAGAUACGGUGUGAAACCGGAAUGGAUGCAAGUGCAUCGCAUAAUAAAUCACGUGCAAUACGGUAAAACACAAUUCGAUUAUCUGGUGAAAUGGCGAGAGUUGGUUUAUGAGCAGGCGACAUGGGAACGCGACGAUUUCGAGAUUAUCGGCUACGAGGAGGCCAUCAUGAAGUACUGGCAGCAUCGCGAACGUAUGAACGGCGAUAUAAUACCGAAACAUAUCGCCAAGAAGAUAGCAGCCAAACGGGCAGCUGACGGUAUCGAUGAGGAAGAGGAAAAUAAGAAAAAGAAGAAAAGGGACGUCAAAUUUGAUAUUCGGAAGAAAUACGAAGAGCAGCCAGAUUUUACCAACGAGACAGGCGGUAAACUGCACGAUUAUCAAUUGGAGGGUAUAAACUGGUUAAGACAUUGUUGGUCACAAGGCACCGAUGCCAUCUUGGCCGACGAGAUGGGUCUGGGUAAAACAAUUCAGUCGAUGGUGUUCUUGUACUCGUUGGUGAAGGAAGGACAUACGAAAGGACCAUUCUUGGUGGCUGCACCGUUGUCGACGUUGAUUAAUUGGGAGAGAGAAGCAGAAUUUUGGUGUCCGGACUUUUACGUGGUCACGUACGUGGGCGAUAAGGACAGUCGAACUGUCAUCAGGUUGAUUUCAUUCUCUAUUUUAUCAAGGCAUUAG